AUGGAUAACUAAUUUGAACUUGAAUAAACUAAUAAGUAAUUACUUAGUGUGAGUAAUAGUAAAUCUGAAAUAAUACUUGACAAAUGUCUUACAAUGAUGAGACCAGAAGGUUUAGAACAGUUUCAUUUUCGAAUAGAGGAACAAUUUUAUAAAGUAAAAGUAAAAUGAGUUUAAUAAAAUUUGUAGCAAAAUAAAGUUCUUUUAAUUCAUGAGAAAGAGGGAGAUGAUUUACAAACAAUGAUAGCAUAUUGGAUUUAAGAACAUCAAUAAAGAAAUGUAAAUAUUAUUAAAUAUAAAAGAGAGAUCUAAUAAUACCAUAUUUUGUAGAGCAUGAAAACUAAAAUCAUUAUUAUGCGAUUUAUUACAUUUUAACAAAGUUAAGAGUAUUAUUAAUAUUAUAAUAUAAAUAGGCUGUGUUUAAUAUAACUUAAAAAGUUGAAUUGGAGAGUGAGAAAUUAAAAUAAUAUUUUGAAUAUUGGUUGAAUUUAUGUUCAAGAGAACUUGGCAAUUAAUUAUAUAGUGAUUGUAAAGUAGCAUAUAAACGAGUAUAUCAUAUCAUAUUAUUGAGGGUCAUUAUUGUGAUUCAAGGAAUCGAUAAAUUUUAUAGUAAUGGAGAAGUUAGAGUAUCAUCUUGGCUACCUAAAAUAUUACCUGAUAAUAUUAAAUUUAUUGCAUCAGCUAGAUAAGGAAGUAAAGCAUUUGAAUAUUAUUAAUCUAUUGGAAAUCCAAUUAUUCCCAUGUAAGAUUUAUUUAUUAUCGUAGUGAAAAUGAAAGUAUCGAAACUUGGAAUCUUAUCAAAAACAAUUCACAUAUAUAUAAUGCACUUUUACAUGUCCCAGAAUAAUUACGCAACCAGUUGCACUUUCUUAAACUGUUUUAUACUAUUCUUAGUAAUCCUUUGGAUGAAUAUACAUUAUUGAUUACAGAUGUAUUAGCAUAAGCAGAAAGUAAUUAUUAUAUAAUAAAUAAAUAGAAUUUAUUAGUGAAUUUGAAUUCUUUACUAUUCUCGUUAAUUAAUUUUGUCAUCAUGAUCCAAUAGCUUCGUCUAUAUUUUGUGUUCUUUCUUAUGUUAAUAAAGGUAUAAUCAUAAAUCUAUUAAUAAAGGUAUCUCUAUUGAUGAAAUUAUGGCUAGUUGUUCAUGUACUCAAGAAUAAUUCAUUAAAGUCUAUGAUUUUUUCAAGGUUGUUUUUUAUAUAUUAUAAUUAGGUCUGUUUCCUUGAAAAAAAUCAAGUUUAUGCUAUCUAUAUACUUACUAUGAGAUAAGCAAUUUAAUCAAUAUAAUAUAGCAAAAACUUUUAUGAGUAAUAUUUAUUAAUUAUUGAACAUUCAACUAAUUCUACCAGAAAGUUAGAAGAACUCAUUUGUCAAUAUACAAGAAAUAAAAAGUUUUUUAAAUUAAAAGAAAUAAUAAUAAAUAUAGAACAUUUUCUUAUACUUUGGAAUCCAUAUAAUAAAUUUGAAUUGUGUUAAUUAUGGGAUAUGUUAGAAUAAAAUGGAUAUGAUCUAGUAAUGGAGUAUAAUAAAGCAGUCGAGAACUUUUAAGCUAUUUAUAAACCAACAACAGAAGGACUAUUUUUUAUUAUGUUAUAGAUAUGUAUAUUUCUAAGAGAAUUUUCUAAUUUUGAGAAGUAUUGAUUACAUUCUUAUAAAGUAGAGAAGGCACUCCUGCAUAUAAACAUCCUUUAUUAAGAGGUUAAUCAAUAGAAUUUGAAGAAGUUGGACUAUAUGGUGAAUUAAGUUAAUUGAAAAUGUUGGCUAAGAAAAAACCUAAAUAAUAAUUAAAUGAGGAUUACUUUCCAACAACUAUGAGUAAUGUCUAAUUAGAGAAUCUUAAUUUAGAUAUUAAAAAUAAUCGAGAUAGUUUUAUAAAUUAUUAUCAAUCAUAAUUUGAUACAAUUACUUUACAAGAAUAUCUCUAAACUAAAUAAGAUUUCUUAAGAGAGAAAUUAUUAUCAACUUCAAAAGUUCCAAAUCCAUAUUAUUAUAAGAGAUGGUUAUGGGUUUAAUUUCCUUGGUUGGCUCUUACUUAAAAAAAUAAUUUCUCCAAAUUAAUGUAAUUUUAUGGAAAGGAUUCUACAUAAUAUAUGUCAAUCUAAGAAGAAAUACAAAUUAAUUAAAAAGCAAUUAGAUUAGUUAUAAAUGCAAAGAGUUCAAAAGAUAAAUCUAUUAAUAAAUUACCUGAUAUUAAAUAACGAUAUUAUAGUCCAACAGUUAAUAAGGAUGAACCUAUUAGACGAUUCAAUUAGUCUUUAGAAAAAAGUAUAGAUAGAGCACCAUCAACAGGAAAGAGAGGAGGGCUACCAGAAAAUAAAAAGAAAGGAUUAUAUAUUAAGAAAUAUAAUUAAUUAUAAUAUUAAAAGUAAGAAUUUAAAUAUAUAUAUUUUAGUUAAUAGUUGAAAAAUAAAUUAAAAGAAUUAUAAACAAUUAAAUAAAAUCUAUAUCCUUAAGAAGCUACAAUUGAAGCUUAUAGAUUAAAUGAUUUAACAAAAAAUUAAGGAGAUGAAUUAAAAAAACAAAUGGAUAAUUUAUAAGGAGUUUAGAAUGAAAUGAAAAGAAUGCAAACAGUUUUAAAAUUAUGUCAGUUCAAUUAAGAUUAGAAUGAAGAAAGAGUACAAUAAUUGUUUAGACAUUGUAAAAAUCUAGAUAGAAUGAUUAGUGAAUAUAAAUUGAUUAUCAAGGAAUUGAGUGAGAAAUUAUGCUCAUUUAAACAAAAGACUAAAGUAGAACCUACUAAAUUCUAAAAAUAAUAAUAAUAAUAAUAGUAAUAGCAACCUAUAUAGAAAUAAUUUAUGACAAUAAAAGAUCUAAAUUUAUUUAGUUAAAAAAUAGUAACUACAAAUGGAAAUACUUUUUUGAAUCUUAAUAGUGAUUAUAAGGUGAAAGUUACAUUUGAUAUGUAAGAUCAAUAUAAUAAUAAUAAUAAUAAUAAUAAUAAUAAUAAGAAUUUAAAUUUAAGACAUUAAAAUUCUAUCAAUAACAAUUUAUAAUAAUCAGAUAAAUUAAGGGAAACAUAAACUAGAUUAAUGUUAGAGUAAAUGCCAUCAAAUAGAAUGAUUACUCCUGGAUAUAGAUUAUCACUCAAACCGAAAGGUGAAGGAAUUGAUCAAAUAGAUUUUCAUGUUUUAGAAUAGAUUAGACAUCUUAAUUCAUUGGGAAUUGCUAAUACUUACAAUAAUCCAACAUUUGAUGAAUUUCUCAGUCAUUUAACAAAAUUUAAUGAAUUAAAUUUGGAAGUAUAAGAAUGUUAAAUAAAAUUAAACGAAGUAAAAAUUAAGAAAUAAGAAAAGUAAACAUUUUUAAAAGUAUUAAAUUAUAUUAAUUAUUAUUUUUAGAUAUUACAAAAAAAUGAGAAACCAUAAGACUAAAAUGCUGAAUAAUUUAUAUCAUCAGAUGAUGUAGAUAAAUUGAGAAGAGCAAAUGAUGCUAAAACUAUCACUUUAAAGAAAUUAAAAUAACAUAAAGCAGUGUAUGACUUUUUUCAUAGUAAUCUACAUAAAGAUGUUAAUGCUUUUAUACCAAUAAAAGAUAACUUAAAUUUAACCUAAAUAUUUAGUGUGA